CUGCUGUGGGGGCAGCUCUGUCUGGUGAUUGGCAGUGGCUGGCCUCUGGACUUCUGUUGGAAUUGACGGCAGUGCUGCUGAUGAGGCCUCCAAAUUACGCCCAUUAUGCCUCAAGAGAGUUCCAGGAGUGGCGAGGCAGCUGCUGGAGGGGCAGCUCUGUCGGUUUAAUAGCAGGUUUUAUUGGCAUUAAACUUCUGCUCCGUCGCUUUCGGAGUCGCCACUGGAUUCUCCAUUUAGAAACCUACCUAGGUCCUCAUAAGGCUCUUCAUCGGUCCAUUGGCUGUCGUCGUCCAUGUCCAUAUCCGGCUCACCGUCCGAUAUGGCCACUGCUGCUGCUGUAUUGGCGGCUAUUGGAACCGCUGCUGCUGCUGCUGCAGCCAAUCUGGUGAGCUGCUCUGCCAUCCGUUCGAUCCUCCUUUCCAACUCUGUUAUACGCUGUACGUACAAUUGCAGGUUUUGAGCGCAGCUGCCAUCACACUGGGCGUCUGGCCGCUGCUGCUCCUGGUG